CCAUCCUUUCUCCGGGCCCCUCCUACCUGCAGCCUUUGGGGCUCGACGGGACUAACUGCCCGGCAGAGAACCCGGCCGCCGAGCCCCGCCCCCCGGCGCCGGGCUGUUCCCUAGGGUCCGUGCGAGGCAUACUCUCUCCACCCCACCUGCAGCGGGCUCGCUUGCUGCCCGCAAACCUCCGUCCUCCGAAAGACACAGGGUCUGGCCCUCGCGUCUUCCCGCCCCCGCGUCAACUGCAGGGGCCCCGCACAUAGCCAGUUCCGGGGCGGUUGCUCGCACCGACCGGAACUCCCCGCCCCCUCCCGUGGCCGCGGGGCCGUGGGAGGCAGCAAGGAGGAGGUAGAGGGGGCGGAGGCCGCGGCACUGAACUGAGCUCUUGACGGGCAUCAUCUCUUAAUCCUCAGAACAUCCCAGGGAGCUCCACAGGGUCCCCUAUCCUGGGCCAUGAGUGAGCUGAAGGACUGCCCCUUGCAGUUCCACGACUUCAAGUCUGUGGACCACCUGAAGGUCUGUCCCCGCUACACCGCAGUGUUGGCCCGCUCUGAGGAUGAUGGCAUCGGUAUCGAGGAGCUGGACACUCUGCAGCUGGAGCUUGAGACCCUGCUUUCUUCUGCCAGCCGACGCUUGCGGGUGCUUGAGGCCGAAACCCAGAUCCUCACCGACUGGCAGGAUAAGAAAGGUGACCGACGAUUCCUGAAGCUGGGUCGAGACCAUGAGCUUGGUGCUCCCCCCAAACAUGGGAAGCCCAAGAAGCAGAAACUGGAAGGGAAGGCGGGACAUGGGCCGGGCCCUGGCCCUGGGCGACCCAAAUCCAAAAACCUUCAGCCCAAGAUCCAGGAAUAUGAAUUCACUGAUGACCCAAUCGACGUGCCACGUAUCCCCAAGAAUGACGCCCCCAACAGAUUCUGGGCUUCGGUGGAGCCCUACUGUGCCGAUAUCACCAGUGAGGAGGUGCGCACGCUAGAGGAGCUACUGAAACCCCCAGAAGAUGAGGCUGAACAUUACAAGGUAGAGACCCCAGGCCUAGAGAGACGUGAUGGAGAACAAGAAGGCUCAGAGAUCCCGCCCCUGGGGAAGCACUACUCCCAGCGCUGGGCACAGGAGGACCUGCUGGAGGAGCAGAAGGACGGGGCCCGGGCAGCAGCCGUGGCUGACAAGAAGAAAGGCCUCAUGGGGCCACUGACUGAACUGGACACGAAAGAUGUGGAUGCCCUGCUGAAGAAGUCUGAGGCCCAGCACGAGCAGCCGGAAGACGGGUGCCCCUUUGGUGCCCUGACGCAGCGACUCCUGCAGGCCUUGGUGGAGGAAAAUAUUAUUUCCCCCAUGGAGGACUCUCCUAUUCCGGACAUGUCUGGAAAAGAAUCGGGGGCUGAUGGGGCAAGCACCUCUCCCCGCAAUCAGAACAAACCCUUCAGUGUGCCGCAUACCAAGUCCCUGGAGAGCCGCAUCAAGGAGGAGCUGAUCGCCCAGGGCCUGCUGGAAUCUGAGGACCGCCCUGCAGAGGACUCGGAGGACGAAGUUCUGGCGGAGCUGCGCAAACGGCAGGCCGAGCUGAAAGCGCUCAGUGCCCACAACCGCACCAAGAAGCACGACCUGCUGAGGCUGGCAAAGGAGGAGGUGAGUCGGCAAGAGCUGAGGCAGCGGGUCCGCAUGGCAGACAAUGAGGUCAUGGACGCCUUCCGCAAGAUCAUGGCUGCCCGGCAGAAGAAGCGGACCCCCACCAAGAAGGAGAAGGACCAGGCCUGGAAGACUCUGAAGGAGCGUGAGAGCAUCCUAAAGCUGCUGGACGGGUAGCUCUCACCCCUGCCUCAGGCUGCCUCCCCCUGGCUUGGGAGGGGGAGGCCCACUUCCUUCUUUGGGCUGCCAGAAGCCUCAGCCUGUGGCUGCCUGUCUAACGGCGACAGUCUCUAGAAGCUGUGACCCUUUCCUGAGGUCUUUUGGCCCAGCUCUGUACAGCCAGGACACGAGAGGCCCUGCUGGGCUGGCCUGGGGCCCAGUCUCUGCUUGGUCCCCCAAGAUGGGGGGGACUUCAUUUCUGGGUUGUCCUCGUCCCCCUCUUCACCAUCUCCCACUCCCCUACCCCUUUCACCCUCAAGGACUUUUCCCUUGUGGUUUUGUAAAGUACAAACUUAAGAAUAAAGUGACUGAUGUGGGUUUUUUUUUAAA